GGUUUACAGCUGGGAAGGGAGUAAGGCCUGAAGCAGCUGGUAAAUUGUACUGUUGGAAUUCUCACUUCACUGCUGACCAAAGUCAUCAACCUGCUUCCAGGAUGAGGAGCUUGUUCUUUUUCAUGUCCCCCAAAGUCUCCCUACCUUUCUAUAUUGCCUUAGGACUAUUUGAAGACCAAAAGCUGGCCACCUCACGAGGUGAGAAAUGACUCACCCUUGUCCCAGGCCCUCCCUUUCUGGUACCCUGACUCUUGGUUUUGUCUUCCCAGCAGAUGGCUCAAGACCAGCCUUUGCUGGCUGUGCAGGAGGUCCUGAGGAAGUGCUUCCCCGUGGUGGAGGAGCAGCAGGACCUGUGGCAGAGCACUCUGCAGGACUGCUCGCCCCUCCUCUCCGCUCUCAGCAACCUGGCUGAGCAGCUGCAGGCUGCACAGAAUCUGCGGUUUGAGGAUGUGCCGGCCCUUCGUCCCUUCCCAGACUUAGAGCAGCGGCUGAGGCGCAAGCAGCUGGAGGCUGGUGACGUUGUCCUGGACAAGCUCGCUGAGAGGCUAGCCACCCUCCUCAAGGUCCGUGACACCGUCAGCAGGCACGUGGAGCAGGUGUUUCAGACCUACGAGCAGCAUUCGGCUGCGCUUGACAUGGAUGCUGUCCUGCGGCCCUCGGUUGUGAGCCCCUCUGUGGCCGACAUGUUGGAGUGGUUGCAAGACACGGACAGACACUACCGAAGCUCGUACCUGAAGAGAAAGUACCUCCUCUCCUCCAUCCACUGGGGAGACCUGGCCAGCAUCCAAGCACUGCCUAAGGCCUGGGACCAGAUUUCCGAAGAUGAAUGCCAGACCCUUGUGCCAGAUAUCCUGGUGAGUGUCUCCUUCUUCCUGGAAGAGCCAGGAAGCUGCGCAGUGUCUGGAGAUCUGGAGCCCCGCAGUUGAGGGCUGCUGUUGCUACCUCUGCUGUUUCUAAGUGCGCAUCGGCAGUGCAGCCCGAUGCCCUGAGACACCAGAACCUACGGUCGAGGUCCCUGGGGCUUCUCCACGCUGGGCCGUGGUCAAGGGUCCAUGGCCGUUGCUCCUGCGGCUCUGGCAGGUGGAUAGGGGCAGAGGAAACAGGAAAGGCAGCGCUGAUGAGCAGUGUCCAUCUCCGUCGUUAGGCUGGACUGGCAGGGAAGGAAAGGGCAGGAGGUAGAGGGCCACAGCUGCCUCUGCGUCCGCUGAAGUACUUUGUCCGGUUGGCUCAGGUCCUGGUUGUGUGUGUCAAUAUCUGAGUCCUUAAUGGUUUAAAGAUAUGAGUGGGUCUGGGAGUGCAGGGCAGUAGCAGUGUGUGUGUGGCACACGUGAAGCCCUGGAUUCAAUCCCUUGCACACCCUAAAAAGGGAGGGACUGAAGGAAAGAGCAUUUGAAAUGCUUACCCCUUCACAGUAGUUCAAGCCAAUUUCCAUUUCCAAAAUCAGCCACCAGGGGGAGAUGGUGUAGCGUGAACGGUUCUGAAUGUUUUGUCCUUGAGAGGUCCCCUGUUGCUGUUAAAAGUAACUGAGUGCCAGGAAUAGCCCACUCACCACUGGAGAGGCAAAGACAGGUGAUCUCUGUGAUUUUGAGAUCACCCUGAUCUACAUAGCUCCAGACUAACCAAGGCUACAUACUGAGACUCUGUCUCAAAAAAAACAAAAACAAAAACCAAACAAACAAACAAAAAAACCUCGCCAAGGCCAAAGAAAAGAGGGAAAGAAAUAAGUGAACUGAGAAUAGUGAGACUCUCCAGCUGCCAGGGUUGAGACUCAGGUGACCUCUCAUUGACUACAUUCUUCUGAGUCUGGAGGGACUGACCAGGUAGGAGACUAUGCCAGCUGUGAUUGUUAGUUUUGAUUGUUCAUUUGAAACAUGUAAAGUCUCCUAGGAAGGGAAACUCAAUGAGGAAUGUUCUAGAUUUGGCUGGCCUGCAGGCAUGGCUGCAGGAUUUUCUUCAUUGAGGUGAGAAGAGCCAUCCUGAAUGUGGGUGGCAUCGUUUCACGGCUGGGCCCUAGAUUGAAUGAGAGAGCGAGCAGGCUAAGCACCAACAGGCACGCACUAAUCCAUUGCUCUUGAUGGUGGGUGUCACGUGACCAGCUGCUUCAAGUGCCUGCCGCCUUGAUUUCCCUGCGGUGAUGGACUGUACCCUCAAAUCAUGAUUCUAAUAAACCCUUUCUCAGUUGUACUGGUCAGUAUGUAUCAUAGUGUUUUAGGUUCUUGAGAGGAGCAGAACUGAUAGAAUGAAUGAAUAUAUAUCCAGAGAAGAGUGAGGGCAGGCAAGCCGAAAGCAGAACUUCCUUCUUCCACAUGCUUUUAUGUGGACUGCCACCAGAAAGUGUGGUUCAGACUUGGGAUGGGUCUUCCCACCUCAAAUGAUCCAGAUUUAGGGUGGGUCUUCCCACCUUAAUGAUCUAGUUAAGAAAAGCCCUCACAGGCAUGCCCAGCUGCUUGGGUUUUAGUUGAUUCCAGCUGUGGUCAAGUUGACAGCCAAGAUCAGCCAUCACACACAGUAACAGGAAAUAAGCUGAGAGGCAGCCUUGAGUCAGAGCCUCACUCAGCCUCUGCAGAGGCUGCUUGCCUUGGGGUCCUAGUUUCCCACAUGCUGCCAUGCGUAGGACUUAACGCAGAGGAUGAAUACAUUUAAAAAGAACAUGACGUUUUUCUUACUACAUUUUUUGUUUUUAAUUAAAGGGAAACUAGAAAAAAAUUUAAACAACAGGAAAGUAUAAUGCAAACCCACCCUAGAUAUUUUGAUCUGUGUCCCUUCACUAUUCGUCACAAAUUUAAAAACAAAAGCAUUGAUACAAACUUGUUCUUUUUACCUUUGUGGAUAGUGGGACAUCUGCAAAUAAGCCAGCAAAACAGUACUGUAUAGAUGAUCGGACAUUUUGUGAAUAUAUUACUUUUUUUUGUUCUUUAUGCAUGUUUGUGUCUAUGCAGGCAUGCUCAUAUAUGGGUGUGUAUGUGCAUGUAUAUGUGUCUAGAGACCAGAGGAUGACUGGGUGUCAUCCCCAGGAACAUCCUCCCCCUUUGAGACAUGGUCUCUCAUUGCCUUUGAACUUACCAACUAAAUUAUGUGUGCUGGCCAGUGAGCCAGGACCCUCCUCUGUCUCCCCAGGACUGGGAUUACAAGCUUGCCGCAAUGCCUAAUGAUCUUCCUCAGCUCCUCAAAUGUCAGGGCUACAGCUGGGUGCCACCAUGCCCACCAUUGGUACUGAGUCUUACGCUGGGCCCUGGGCAUAGAGGGGGAAGAAAGCUACAGGAGUACUAUGGUUCAGGCCCGGGGCCACCAGAGGGUGUCAGAUCCUCUGGGACCAGAAUCACAGAUGGUUCGUCAGCCACCGUGUGAAAUGAAUGUGGGUCUUUAAGAGCAGCUAGCUGUCGACCACUGACCAACCUCUGCAGCCCCAGGCCAGACAGUUUGGAAUCAGUGUUUCUCAAGCUUAAGUGUGCAUAUAAAUGACAAGUAUCUUGUUAAAAUAUAGACUCUCACCCUUUAGGUUCUGCUGAGGUCUCAGGUGAUGUCAGUGCUGGUGGUCUAGGAGUUGUAGAGAACUGGAUUCGGAGUAUAGUAGAGUAAUGGGAGGGUUACAGUUGAAGUCAAAAGCACUGUGGGAGGAAAGAGGCACUGUCGGCUGUGGGAACUACUUGAUGCUGACAGUGACAUCUGAGUUAGCCUUGGAGGGAAUUGGACUUGGGCUGGA